AGCUUCUUCUUCUUCUUAAUUACUCAUGUUGAAUAUGGAUGUGAUUUCAGAUGCUUUGAUAUAUUUACGCCCCAGGAGCAAAAGAUUUUGAAAAAGUAUCGAGAAGAAAAUUUUGCACCUAAAAGACUUGUCUAUAAUGAAAGAAGGGCUAUUGGGAAAUGCCCGUUGACUCCGGAGGAGGUUGGUCUUAUUCUGCGUGCAUUGGGUUUUGACAAUUCGACUAGGAUAUAUCUUGCAGCUGGUGAAUUGUUUGGAGGGGAACGAUUUAUGAAACCAUUUCGAAGUUUGUUCCCUCGACUCGAGAAUCAUUCUUCUGUGGAACACUCUGAAGAGCUUGCUGAAAACACUAGGGGAUUGGCCGGUUCUGCUGUGGAUUACAUGGUCUGUCUUCUUUCUGACAUUUUCAUGCCAACUUAUGAUGGCCCUAGCAACUUUGCCAACAAUCUCCUUGGACAUCGUCUAUAUUAUGGCUUCCGUACUACAAUCCGACCUGAUAGAAAAUCUCUUGCCCCAAUCUUCAUCGAUAAGGAGAAUGGGCGGACAGCUGGUUUUGAUGAAGCUAUUAGGAAGGUCAUGCUCAGAACAAACUUUGGAGAACCUCAUAAGCGUGUUUCUCCAGAGUCUUUCUAUACUAAUUCUUGGCCUGAAUGCUUCUGCCAAACAUCUGCAAAGAACCCCGCAGACAAAUGUCCCCCAAAUGACAUUUUAAAUAUUAUGAAUGACGAAUUAGAGAAAACUGAGACACACGCUAAUUCUACAAUAUCUUGAACCUAGGUUGUGGCAUUGGAUUAAUGGUUCUUUAACUCCGAAGUAAUGAACUUCUGUGGGCCUAGGGGAACAAGAAUGAAGUUCUAUUACUGGAACUCCAGAUUUGCAGGUGAUCAUUUUUGUCUCAUACUAUUUAUUCUACCGAGGGAAUGAUGUAGUUAAACAAGAGAGUCCAAUAUGCUGAUUCGAAUAGUUACAUUCUUUAGCUUCUUGUAGACUAUAGGAGGAAGAUCCCACUGAUGGUUAAAGAGAUGGCUAUGUUACCGGGCUUUACUUCUUAGGGAAAAGAAAUCAAAUUAUAAAUGUAUUUGUUCACUUCUCAGCCUGAGAAAGGUACUUCAAAGUUACCUAGGGAAUGAUGAAAACUCUGGCAAAUUUAUGUUAGAUAUUUGGAGUGCUGGAAAAAUAAAAAUGUGUUAAAUUUAUGGUUUUAUUUAUUUAA